GGGCGGCGCUGCGCAGCGGCGGGCUUGAGGCGGCGGGGCGCGUUGCACGCUCGGUGUCCCCGUGUCCCCGGGCAGCGGUGCCGCGGUCAUCCCGUCGGGUGCCGGCAUGAGCCGCGCCUGGCGGGCUCUCCGCACUCUGCGGCUGCGGCUUGUGGGGCCUGCUAAGGAGCUGGUGGGCACCGACCAGUUUGGCAACAAGUACUACCGGGUGCCCAAGUACGAGAGACGCGCAGGGCAGAUUAUACCAGAAAGAAGAUUUGUAGAAGCAGUAAAUCGUGAAGCAUAUCAAUAUCAAAUUGGUGAUUUUCCAGCAGAAUGGGAAGCAUGGAUAAGAAAAAAGAGAGAAGAUCCACCCACAAUUGAGGAGAUUCUUCGGAAUGAAAAUUAUAGAGAAGAAAUGAAGCAGAAAGUCAAGGAUGUAUCUGAAAAGGAUAAGCUGCUUCAGACCAAGGAGUAUGAGGAAGGACUUGUUGCUGAACCAAGUCAUACUCAGGUUAAAGGCCAUGCAUCUGCCCCUUACUAUGGAAAGAAGGAACCCUCACAAGACCCCACGAGCACUGCAAAUACCUUCCAGCCAGGUGCCUGGAUGCCACCAGGUAGUGGUAGUGGUCAAAAUAAAUAAGCAAUACAAUGGACAGGUACUGUUAAACUAUUCAAAUAGGCUUGAUCAUGACAAAGUAUUGUGAAGUGUUUUGGAUUUAGUGAAAAACAGGGUGUGUUACUAAGUUUGGUUUUGUCAGAGGCUGUUCAUCAGUUACUCUUGAACUCAUACUUAAAAAACAAAUUUUCUUAAAGCCAAAAUUGCUUGUUUCCUUGAAGACUAAUUUAGUUUUAAAACUGUUAUUGAUGUAAGAAUUGUUGUCUGUACACUUAUAUUUUCCCAAGCCUUGGCCAAGACAUCUCUUCAGAAUAAAUCCCUUGGCAGUGCCAGCAUGCCUUCCACUGACAAGCAGACGGAAAAGUUGAUUUCAUUAACAGGAAUCACUGUGAUGCUGCACUGAUUAUUCACUGUACUCAUCACAGAGGUGUUCUUGUAACUUAAAACAGUCAACAUAUUUGAAUGUUUGAUUUUAAAACUGUCAACAUAUUUGAAUGUUUGAUUUGCAGAUAGCUAUUUGUACAGGAUAAAAUCAGUUAAAAUACAUGUAACUGCUGUAAUAGAAGCAAGUACUUGAUAAAGCUGCUUGAAAAUAACACUAGGGACAAGAGACUGUCAUGAAUAUUGAAAAAAAAUAUUAGUUUUUAUCCUUGUGUAUCCAUGGACUUCCCUAGAUGAUGAGCUCAUUUUGGCCAUAGUUUAGAUACAUAAAAUGCGCAGAUUAUUUGCUUAGAGAUGAUGUUUGAGAAUUUCAAAUAAAAAUAAAGAGCACACA